UCCGGACGUCGAAGGUUUAUGUCUAAAAGAAUAACAUCUUGGGAAAAACACAAGAUGAUGAUGAUAUUCGUAGUUCUCAUCUUCCUAUUGGCAUUUAUAUUAAUGCGCAUAGGAUAUACCCUGUAUGUCAUGAAUUGUUGCAGUGACAAACCCAUAUAUGUACAAAGGUCCAUCAAGUCGCUUGUAGUAUUAGGGUCAGGAGGUCACAGGGAAAUGCUCAAAAUCAUUCGUGCACUGGAUGUAUGCCGCUACAGCCCAAGAGUGUAUGUGGUUGCUGCAACUGACACUGUUAGUCUGAGACGUCUGCAAGAUAUGGAGAAAGAGUUUAAGGAAAGAGCCAAAGGACCUGAUGAAGAGGACCAAUAUGUAGUUGAGAUUGUGCCAAGAUCACGUGAAGUGGGUCAGUCGUGGCUGUCAAGUGUGUUCACAACUGCUUGGGCCUUUGUCUUCAGCAUGCUUAUCGUUUUUCGCCAUCGGCCAUCACUCCUGCUCACCAACGGACCAGGAACAUGUGUUCCAAUUUGCAUUGCUGCUUUCAUAAUGAGAGUUUUGUGCCUGAGUCAGAUUCGUAUUGUGUUCAUAGAGAGUCUGUGCCGCGUGCUGUCUCUCUCCCUCUCAGGCAAGAUUCUUUAUAGGGUUGUUGAUGAUUUCUUUGUACAGUGGCCACAGCUUAAAGCUAAGUAUCCAAGGUCUAUAUACAUGGGUCGUUUGGUGUAAGUUAAGGAUUCUUAGUGAGUAUGUGAUUUACAUAUGAUAUUGUCUUUUGAGAAUCUAAGUGCCUUGUGAAGUAUAUUUUUCACUGAUCUCAUAGAAUACAUGUAAUAUAGGGCAACAAUUUAUUUUGAUUCCUCUCUUUUUCUUGUGGAGUUGGUAUGAGAAUCAAAUCAAAAGGCUCAGUUUCAAAAGUAGUAGCCAGAAAAUUUCACCAGAAGCAGGGGGUACUGGAUAAGAAGUAUAUGUUUGAUAUUGACACAUUUUUUGUUAUGACUAUUU